AUGGCUAAGAUGUCUCUGGAUAAUUUCGUAGGAGGUUCCCUGCACAUGAAGAAGAUGCUUGAAGAGGCUAAUGAGCUCAUAGAGAUGGUUGCUAAAAAUCAGUAUCUUUACUCUUUUGAGAGGAACCCUAUGAAUUCUAAGGCUCUGGAGAAGAUGCCUCCCUAUAGAGCUUUCAUGAAUGGCUUACUCUCUGAGAAGAAAGUCUUAAAGGAAGAUGAAAUAGUGGUGCUGACCAAAGAGUGUAAUACGCUCAUUCAGAGCAAACUGCCUACGAAGAUGCCAGAUUCAGGGAGCUUUCAGAUUCUCUGUACUAUUGGGAAUGUCACUUUUGACAAGGCUCUUUGUGAUCUUGGCCCAAGUAUCAAUCUGAUGCCAUUAUCUAUGAUGCGGAAGCUGAAAAUUCAAGAGGCACAGCCUACAAAGAUAGCAUUGCAGAUGGCUAACAAGUCUCUAAGGCAAGCACAUGGGCUAGUGAAAAAUGUCUUGGUCAAGCUUGGAGAGCUAUUCCUGUAG